AUGUCCAAGACAUUUUUCGCGAAGGUCAAGAGCGUGCUCUCAGGCGAUACGCUGAUCCUGACGAACCCUCAAAACCCCAAGGCCGAGCGAACUUUCUCCCUGGCCUUCGUUGACGCCCCACGCCUGCGCAAGGAGGGCGACGAACCCUACGCCUUCCAAGCCCGCGAAUAUCUCCGAGAAAACGUCGGCAAGCAGGUCCAAUGUACCGUCCUCUACACUGUUCCCUCUGGUCGUGAUUUUGGCACCGUCCUGCUGUCAAGAGAGGGCCCAUCACUACCCGAUGAGGCUGUCAAGGCCGGCUGGCUGAAGGUCAGGGAAGACGCUGGUCGCAAAGAAGAGUCGGAAGAGAUUCUCGAACGCCUUGAUCUGCUUCGUGGCCUCGAGGGCCAGGCCAGGAGCGAGUCUAUCGGUGUCUGGUCUGGCUCUGGCGGCUCGAUCCAGGUUCAAAAUGACCUUGGCGGCCCUGAGUUCAUGAACCAAUGGAAGGGCAAGACGGUUGACGGCAUCAUCGAGCGUGUCCUCAGCGGCGAUCGUCUUCUCGUCCGCCUGCUGCUCUCUGACAAGAAGCACGCUCAGGUCAUGACGUUGCUUGCUGGUGUGCGCACGCCCGCCACGGAGAGGACAGUACAGUCCACCGGCCAGACGCAGCCGGCGGAGGAGUUUGGCAACGAAGCGAAGGCUUUUGUCGAGGAGCGUAUGCUUCAGCGCAAGGUCAAGGUUGACAUUGUCGGUGCCAGCGCCCAGGGCCAGCUUGUCGCUACCAUCAUCCACCCCAACGGUAACAAGAACAUUGCCGAGUUCUUGCUGUCAGAAGGCCUCGCUCGCUGCAACGAUUUCCACUCGACGAUGCUCGGCGAGAAGAUGGCCCCGCUGCGCGCGGCCGAGAAGACGGCUCAGGGCAAGAAGAUCCGCCUGCACCAGAACCACGUCGCCAAGGAGGGCGGCGCUCAGUCUGACAUGACCGUCACCAAGAUUGUCGGUGCCGACACUAUCAUCGUCCGCAGCAAGGAAGGAAAGACGGAGAAGCGCAUCAACUUUAGCAGCAUCAGGGGCCCCCGCGCUGGCGAGCCGACCGAGGCGCCGUACAGAGACGAGGCUAAGGAGUUCCUGCGCAAGAAGGUCAUCGCUAAGCAUGUCCGUGUUAGCAUUGAUGGCCACAAGGCCGCCGCUGAUGGCUUCGAGGCUCGCGACGUUGCUACUGUGACGGAGAAGAACCAAAACAUUGGUCUGCUCCUGGUCGAGCAUGGCUACGCCACGGUCAUCCGCCACCGCAAGGACGACACCGAUCGCGCUUCCAACUACGACGAGCUUCUUGCGGCCCAAGAGAAGGCCAAGGAGGAGAAGAAGGGCAUCUGGUCGGGCAAGGCGCCCAAGAUCAAGCAGUACAUCGACGUCUCUGAGUCUCUGCAGAAAGCCAAGCUGCAGCUGGCUGGUCUCCAGCGCCAGAAGAAGGUUGCUGGUGUGGUUGACUUUGUCAAGUCUGGGUCCCGCUUCACCAUUCUAGUUCCUCGCGAGGGCAUCAAGCUUACCCUUGUUCUGGGAGGUGUGCGUGCCCCAAGGGCGCCCCGCAACAACGGAGAAGGCGGUGAGCCCUUUGGUCAAGAGGCGGCGGACCUCGCCAGCCGUCGCGCUAGCCAGCGCGACUGCGAGAUCACCAUCUACGAUCUCGAUAAGGUCGGCGGCUUCAUCGGUGACCUGUACAUCAACCACGAGAGCUUCGCCAAGGUCCUUGUCGAAGAGGGUCUCGCGUCCGUGCACGGUUACUCUGCGGAGAAGUCUGGUAACGCUGGUGAGCUGUUCCCGGCAGAGCAACGUGCCAAGGAGGCUCGCAAGGGACUCUGGAAGGACUGGGACCCUUCGCAGGACGAGCAGGUCGAGGAGGCCGCACCCGCCGAGUCGCAGGACACGCCCGAGUCGUACGACAACAAGGCCAAGGACUACCGCGACGUUGUGGUGACGGAGAUGGACGGCAACGGCAGGCUCAAGAUCCAGGAGAUUGGCAAGGGCACCGCAGCGUUGACGACGAUGAUGAACGAGUUCAAGAAGUUCCACAUCGACUCGAAGAACGCCAAGCCCCUGGGAGACGCGCCCAAGACGGGCGAGUUCGUCGCGGCCAAGUACUCGGUUGACGGCCAGUGGUACCGCGGACGCGUCCGCUCCAAUGACCGGGCCAACAAGGUGGCUGAGGUGCUCUUCAUCGACUACGGCAACUCAGAGAAGAUUGCGUGGAAGGACCUGCGUCCCCUUGACCAGCCGCAGUUCAGCACGCAGAAGCUCAAGAGCCAGGCCUCUGACGCGUCCCUGUCGUUUGUGCAGCUGCCGACGGCGCCCGAGUACUUCCGCGAGGCGCAGGACUUUAUCGCCAAUAUCACUGGAGGCAAGGAGCUGGUGGCGAGCUUUGACUUUGUCGACACGAAGGAGGGCGUCAGCUACAUCACGCUGUACGACUACAACUCGGGCUCCGGCAAGCCGGGCCCCAACGACUCGAUCAACAAGGAGGUCCUCGCCGCCGGUGCCGGUCUUGUGCCGACAAAGCUCAAGGCGUGGGAGCGCAGCGGACAGCACGCGUCAUACCUGAAGCACCUCAAGGAGGUGGAGUCGCAGGCCAAGCAGGAGAGGCAGGGCAUGUGGGAGUACGGCGACAUUACGGAGGAUUAG